AUGGGAGAGAUUUCCGAAAUUGUUAAUGAAACUGUGGCAGUUACAUGUGUUAUGCAGUUUGGAGGAGAAACUGACAGCAAUGGGCAAGUCAAAGAUGUUGCUGAAGACAAGAAUGACUGUGCUGACAGUGAAGCAGACAUGAACGAGGAUGAUGUUCCCAGUGGAGAUGUUGCUGAAGACAAGAAUGACUGUGCUGACAGUGAAGCAGACAUUAACGAGGAUGAUGUUCCCAGUGGAGAUGUUGCUGAAGACAAGAAUGACUGUGCUGACAGUGAAGCAGACAUGAACGAGGAUGAUGUUCCCAGUGGAGAUGUUGCUGAAGACAAGAAUGACUGUGCUGACAGUGAAGCAGACAUUAACAAGGAUGAUGUUCCCAGUGGAGAUGUUGCUGAAGACAAGAAUGACUGUGCUGACAGUGAAGCAGACAUUAACGAGGAUGAUGUUCCCAGUGGAGAUGUUGCUGAAGACAAGAAUGACUGUGCUGACAGUGAAGCAGACAUGAACGAGGAUGAUGUUCCCAGUGGAGAUGUUGCUGAAGACAAGAAUGACUGUGCUGACAGUGAAGCAGACAUUAACGAGGAUGAUGUUCCCAGUGGAGAUGUUGCUGAAGACAAGAAUGACUGUGCUGACAGUGAAGCAGACAUGAACGAGGAUGAUGUUCCCAGUGGAGAUGUUGCUGAAGACAAGAAUGACUGUGCUGACAGUGAAGCAGACAUUAACGAGGAUGAUGUUCCCAGUGGAGAUGUUGCUGAAGACAAGAAUGACUGUGCUGACAGUAAAGCAGACAUGGCCAUGGGUGAUAUUGCCAAUAUGGACCAUACAGUCCUUCGUCGCUGUGCUCCUUCAACUCGAUACGAGUAUCCAGGACACACCUCACUCAACAUGCUCAUCGACCCCCUGAUAUGGCUUACAACUCGGAGAUUGCGGUCUUUCUACACCACCCUUGCCGUCACCUUUGUCGGCAACAUCGCCCCCUUCCGGUGA